GGAUCCUGUAAACACCACGCACAGAUAGGAGAAGACUUUUGUAGGAUGGCCUGUUGUCAAGAAGGGCAGCAAAGAAGCCACUUCUCUCCAGGAAAAACAUCAGGGACAGACUGAUAUUCUGCAAAAGGUACAGGGAUUGGACUGCUGAGGACGGGGGUAAAGUCAUUUUCUCUGAUGAAUCCUUUUCCAGAUUGUUUGGGGCAUCCGGAAAAAAGCUUGUCCGGAGAAGACAAGGUGAGCGCUACCAUCAGUCCUGUGUCAUGCCAACAGUAAAGCAUCCUGAGACUAUUCAUGUGGGGUUGCUUCUCAGCCAAGCUAGUGGGCUCACUCACAAUUUUGCCUUAGAAAAACAGCCAUGAAUAAAGAAUGGUACCAACACAUCCUCCGAGAGCAACUUCUCCCAACCACCCAGGAACAGUUUGGUGACAAACAAUGCCUUUUCCAGCAUGAUGGAGCACCUUGCCAUGAGGCAAAAGUGAUGACUGAGUGGCUCGGGGAACAAAACAUCAAUAUUUUGGGUCCAUGGCCAGGAAACUCCCCAGACCUUAAUCCCAUUGAGAACUUGUGGUCAAUCCUCAAGAUGCAGGUGGACAAACAAAACCCCACAAUUUCUGACAAACUCCAAGCAUUGAUUAUGCAAGAAUGGGCUGCCAUCAGUCAGGAUGUGGCCCAGAAGUUAAUUGACAGCAUGCCAGGGCGGAUUUCAGAGGUCUUGAAAAAGAAGGGUCAACACUGAAAAUAUUGACUCUGCAUCAACUUCAUGUAAUUGUCAAAAAAAGCCUUUGACACUUAUGAAAUGCUUGUUAAAUGCUUGAAUUAUACUUCAGUAUUCCAUAGUAACAUCUGACAAAAAUAUCUAAAGACACUGAAGCAGCAAACUUUGUGGAAAUUAAUAAUUGUGUCAUUCUCAAAACUUUUGGCCACGACUGUACAUUUAUAGACUUCCAAUAUAGAAUGCUUUCAAUGCCUUACAUUUGAAAUUAGUUAAUAUACAAGAUAAAACAUCUUCUGGGGAUAUUCACAGCAUGAUACAUGUCCUGACGAAAUAUUUAAUUUCAUAAUCACCUCUGUUUUUGCCUAGUUUCACUUACAAUAGUACUUUCGAGUGUACAAUUAGCCCCAUGAUUCAAUUUGCGAUGGUGAUCCGCUAAGCAAAGUCAGCCAAAACUUAAAACCAACAUUAAUAUGGAAAAUUCAACAUACAAGUUUAAGUAGAAACAAAUGUAAAUUAAAAAAACUCCUAUUCCACAAAAUGGGAGAAUUAAACAAUAUUUAUCUUUUUGAGAAUAUGGGAAUGGUCCGUGGACACUUAAGGGACAGUCAUGUCGAGUGUGUUUCAUUUGGUGAUCUCAUGAAGGACAGGAAACACACAUAACUGUAUCUCUUAGUGUACAUUUCCCAGCUGUCAGUUUUACAUCUGACUGUUGUAUAAGAUGAAUGAAUAAGUAUAAAAAUACUUUUGAAAAGCUAACAAUGAGAUUUAGUCUUCUAAAUCAGAAUUGGUUGUUUUAUGGUAACUUAUGCACAGUCAGUAGCCACGUCCAGUUGAGCACAAACAUGAUGAGACAGCCCCUUUUCUACCGAAGUAUAAAAUCCCCCGUGACGCAAUUCACACCAGACCACGGUGUAAGCUAAGGUUGCAAAUGGUAGCGUUGGUUACACGGCUAAAAAUGGUUAAACUCUAAAACAUUGCCACAGAAGGAGCAGAUCUCAUACGAGGCCUUUUCAGUCUGCAGCUGGAAAUGUAUGUAGCCUAGGACAAAGAAUACCGACAACCGCCGAAACAUCUAUUCUAUAUGACGACAUGGGUAUGCCUGACGUAUCCACAAGGGACGCAACCAGAGACUUUUCUGUCGACUCCCUCCAGCAUAUAAACCGGCGACAACAGAGAGAGACAACAACAUGUUAAGUAACCCAUGUAUGAACUAAUUGUGAUUGUGUUUUAUGUAAUUCUCUGAUUAAGUUGGUAAAUAAAUAAUUAAGACAAUUUAUAUUUUGCUGAUUCAUGAUUCUAUGCUAAGGUUGGUGCAGAUAUCCAAGGGUUUGCAACAUUCAGUAAUGACACUGAAGAGGUAAUAAAAUUCAUUAAUAAGAGACUGUUUUGAUAAGAUAUGAAAAUAUCUGGGGAGUUAUAUUUGGGAAAUUGACACUCUAUAAACAACAAUUUUCCGUGUUGCCCCAACUUCCUCGUUAAAGUUACAUGAUUAGUUUAAUUGCGUAAUUAAACUACACAUGGAGAAUUGGUUUGAUAAUAUACAGUCUUCACAUUUUAUGAUAGUCAACAACACGAAAGCAUAUAACUUUCCCUGACAUCACACGUAUACAUUGUAAUUUUCGAUUUACCUGAUAUAGUAGGAUGGCUAACAUUGGAUGUCUGCGAAGGUGUUGUCUUCUAGCCAAGAUAUGAAAUGCAAUCAUAAUUGACUGUAGUGCAUAUAAGGCACACACAACAGUUCCAUGAUGACUGAAAACACAACCGUGGGAUGAACAAGUGACACAUUUCUGGGCGGUCCAUUUAAAAUGAAAUAAUUCUUCCCUCGCCCCUUGCCCUGCAAGUGUCAACUCAUCAGACGUCAUGAUACGUCAUCACUUUUCUGCUCUUUUGCACACCGGUAUCUCUCACCAGUAUCUCUUUUGCACACCAGUACUUGCACAUCACAAUCUGCUCAUCUAUCACUUCAGUUGUCACGUUCGUCGUCCUCCUCAUCUGAGGAUGAGUAGUAAGAAGGAUCGGAGGACCAAUGCGCAGCGUGAUAUGAAUACAUUGUUACUUUUAUUAACGAAUAACACUGAAUAACCUUACAAAACAAUAAAUGGACAAACCAACAAAAAUGCAACAGUCCCGUAUGGUGACAUAAAAAAAGACACAGAAACAGGAACAAUCACCCACAACCCACAAUACAAAACAGACUACCUAAAUAUGGUUCCCAAUCAGAGACAUCGACUAACACCUGCCUCUGAUUGAGAACCAUAUCAGGCCAAACACAUAGAAAUAGACAAACUAGACUUACAACAUAGACAGCCCACUCGGAUAACACCCUGACCAAACAAAACAUAGAAACAUACAAAGCAAACUAUGGUCAGGGCGUGACAUCAGUGUUAAUUUGCUAAAUUUUAAUUACUUCGCUACUAUGGCCUAUUUAUUGCCUUACCUCCUCACGCCAUUUGCACACACUGUAUAUAGACUUUCUUUUGUUUCUAUUGUGUUAUUGACUGUACGCCUGUUUAUUCAAAGUUAAAUCUAGAAUUGGCUUACUAUUUCGCAAAAAAGCAUCCUUCACUCAUGCUGCCAAACAUACCCUUGUAAAAUUGACCAUCCUACCGAUCCUCGACUUCGGCGAUGUCAUUUACAAAAUAGCCUCCAAUACCCUACUCAAUAAAUUGGAUGCAGUCUAUCACAGUGCCAUCCGUUUUGUCACCAAAGCCCCAUAUACUACCCACCACUGCGACCUGUAUGCUCUCGUUGACUGGCCCUCGCUUCAUACUCGUCGCCAAACCCACUGGCUCCAGGUCAUCUACAAGAUCCUGCUAGGUAAAGUCCCCCCUUAUCUCAGCUCGCUGGUCACCAUAGCAGCACCCACCUGUAACACGCGCUCCAGCAGGUAUAUCUCUUUGGUCACCCCCAAAACCAAUUCUUCCUUUGGCCGCCUCUCCUUCCAGUUCUCUGCUGCCAAUGACUGGAACGAACUACAAAAAUCUCUGAAACUGGAAACACUUAUCUCCCUCACUAGCUUUAAGCACCAGCUGUCAGAGCAGCUCACAGAUUACUGCACCUGUACAUAGCCCAUCUAUAAUUUAGCCCAAACAACUACCUCUCCCCCUACUGUAUUUAUUUAUUUAUUUUGCUCCUUUGCACCCCAUUAUUUCUAUCUCUACUUUGCACAUUCUUCCACUGCAAAUCUACCAUUCCAGUGUUUAACUUGGUAUAUUGUAUUUACUUCGCCACCAUGGCCUUUUUUUUGCCUUUACCUCCCUUAUCUCACCUCAUUUGCUCACAUUGUAUAUAGACUUAUUUUUCUACUGUAUUAUUGACUGUAUGUUUGUUUUACUCCAUGCGUAACUCUGUGUUGUUGUAUGUGUCGAACUGCUUUGCUUUAUCUUGGCCAGGUCGCAAUUGUAAAUGAGAACUUGUUUUCAACUUGCCUACCUGGUAAAAUAAAGGUGAAAUAUAUAUAUUUUUUAAAUCCAUGUGUAACUCUGUGUUGUUGUAUGUGUCGAACUGCUUUGCUUUAUCUUGGCCAGGUCACAGUUUUAAAUGAGAACUUGUUCUCAACUAGCUUAACUGGUUAAAUUAAGGUGAAAAACUUGUUGUUUUUUAAAAUCAGAAGUGUCCACUUUAUUUGAGGGCUGAGGGGAGAAGGUGUGUAUUUUAAGUGUUUGGGAAUGCAGCCCUAGUGUGUUGUAUUGGGGUUAUGCCACAGAGCAUUAUGGGGGUUCUAUGUGGUGAGAAAUUUAGUGACGUUGGAUAUAGAUUAAAAGUGAAGAAUGAUGGUUGAGCAUUUUUUUUAUAUUAUUCAAUUCAAAUUCGUUUUUUCAAAUUACAGGAUAGCGAGGAGGUAUAUUACAAAUAGUUUUCUUGGUUUUAGAACUUUAUUUUUGUUUGUAGUUAGCAAGGCAAAUUUAAAUAAAUUACACGAACUCCAGUAGCUAGCGUUACCAGCGCGAGUGUGCAUUUAUCUCCUCCAGAAUGGUAGAAUGGCCAAAGCUGUCGAAAAUGUUGUGGAUUUUUUGGGUUGAAGAACCAUUUUCAUUCUCUGGGGUACACGGAAAAGGUGCGAAUUAAAAGCGAGGGUCGACCUCUGCUUGAGAUCAGUUUCAUGAAGAAGAAAGAAAGAUGGAUCGUAAUGAUGAGAGAAUAAAAAGAGCUUUAAGACGCCGCCCUUAUGUGUUGAAACCAGUGAGGGUGAACAGCCCUGAUUCCGUGUUGUGGCCAACCGGCAAGGUGCACAGAAGGCCAAAGCCUUCUACUUCAGUGCAGACCCCUCAGAUCCACAAAAGGCCUCCAAUCAUUGUGAGCUAUGGGCAGGACCAAACAUCUGGGGAUGGAUGGAGCGUCAAUCCAGAGCCUCUCAGCCAGUCUGGAAGGGUGACUCGGCUGAUAGAGAGAAAAAAUGAUGACGUGAUCUCAUCCUCCAGUUCUGAUGACUUUUCCAUCUACUCCUUCACUGACUGUGAAUCGGAGUGUGAUGAUGAGGAUCGUGAAAGGAGGACACCACCUCUGAAAGUUGAGAAUGGAGAAGUGACAAAGCUUGACGUGAGGGACAUGGACGAGGAUGAUGAUCUGUCUCUCCACUCCUUCGAUGAGUCAGACUUCCUGAGCCCAGGGAAGGUCUCAGGUCCUGUAUCUGUCAAGAAUGGCCUCUCUCCUCUUGUGACCUCAGCACCCCGGACACUGGCUGAAGCCCUACGGGCCCUGCCCUCUGCUGUAGGCUCUCCCUACCCAGUAAAUGUCCCAAGGCCUCUGACUCCUCUCAGCCCUGUCAUUAUCGCUCUGCCCCGAACAGAGAACUUCCCAUACCGCCACAGCCCUCGCCUGGCUCCCAUCACCAACCUGAGCGAGACCGGCAGGAAGCUGCUCCAGGAAAUGGCUGGAGUGGCCCCACAGGAAGGGAAGGUCAAUAAGAAAAAGAAGGGCAAGGCCAAAAAAGUAGUAAAACAAGAGAAGGCCAGUAAGAUACAACUGAUGGGAAAUGUUGGAGAAA